AUGCUCGAGGCUGGUAUAUUGGCUGAUAAAAUUCUAGAUUUCCUAGCCACUAAGGUAGAUACAAACUAUCGCGUAGCGGUGAUUAUUGUCGGACCUCCUGGAUCCGGUAAAACAACUAUUAGCGAAAGUGUUUGUAAAGAGAUCAAUGCCAGAUAUCAACAGUAUUUACAAUGCCAACAAUCUUUGCAACCACACCUGAUAGAGUCCACUGAGACGGCUAUCGAAGUAGAGAAGCUCUGCGAAACAAUUCCUUUUGUAAAUUCAGUGGAAUGUAGCAAAAUCAAGAACGGAUGCUUCGACCAUGUCGAAAAUCUAGACUAUAUUCCACACAGAAUUAAAGUCGAUAAUGACGAGCAUUCUACUGUGGUGGUAGGACGAGGUGGUUUCCCAAACAGUGUACGGUUAUCCUCCGAGAAACCACAACUAAAUUUCAAAGAUAAUGUUGGAAUAGCGCAAGUUGUGCCCAUGGACGGAUUUCACCUUUCGCGAGUCCAUCUCGACCACUUCCACGACUCAGCUGAAGCACAUGCGCGCAGAGGCUCACCACAAACUUUCGACAGCAACAACUACCUUCAGCUGAGCAAGAUUCUUGCCAAAAGCUGUGAAUUCAAGCCAGAGUUCCCGAGUAACGUUGAGACUAGAAAUGGGCUCUUUGAGAAGAUAUCGGCAUCUUUCAGUGAAAAAAUGCCUUCCAUUUAUGUCCCUGGCUUUGAUCACGCGCUGAAAGACCCGGUAACAGACCAGCACUGCAUAAACGCAUUUACACGUAUCAUAGUGCUGGAAGGUCUGUAUCUGCUUCUAAAUGAAGAAAACUGGAAAGAAGUAUAUCCCAUUUUCGAAGAAACACAGGCUGUUUUGGUGUGGAGGCUUGACCUGGGGAUCGAACAACUCGAACAGAGGGUUGCGAACAGACAUGUGGCCUCCGGACUGGCGCCAAAUUACGAGGCAGGCGUUGAGCGCUUCAGAAUGAACGACCUGAUAAAUGCAAUUAAGAUAAAAGAGCAAAGUUUGAAUGCGGAUGAUAUAGAGGUACUAUCUAGCGCUUGA